GAUCAUUUGUGUUACUGUUUCUUUCGUACACGAUAGCUUUGCCCUCCUUCCUUGUAGGCCUACAUUUCAUACCAAUAUUCGUGAUCCAUUUCAGUCAAGUAAAUUAUUGUUCUCCGACACGGCCUAUAGCUUGGUGACUCAAUGUGACGCAACACAUGUGCCCCCCCCCCCCCCCCAGCUGUCUUCAGACAUUUCCCCAAGUCCCCCUGUGCUGUGGAAGUUGGAGGUUUCUGAUCCUGUGGCUGUGAUGACUCUGGGUAUGCAGCUGUUUGUGAUAAACUCAUUUCAAUGUUUAUUGCUCCAUCCUUGGUGAAGGAGAAGGACUUGAGGGACAUCCAUCUCCAAGCACUCGUCUCAUGAUGAGAGGCAAGGUCAAACAAAACAAUACAGAUCAUUGUCGAAUUCAAAGUGUUUUUACAUGUAAAUUACAUGUACUCCAGUACCUCGUCCUCCGCAAAAGAAAGCCAACUCAUGCUUCAGAGACAAUGUAAAUGUUCCAUCGACACGGUCUACUUCUUACAUUUACAAUACCUAGCAAACUGCUGCACCUCAAUGCAGUUUUUUUAGCAUAAUAUUGUCAGAAAGGUUUUCUUAUAAUCAUACAAUACAAAUUCAAAUUUCAAAUUUCAAAUACAAUACAUGAAAAUGUCCGGAAUGUGAUUGCUGAUUGCAUGAGUUUUUCACUAAUAAAACCCUGGGUUGUUUUCAGUUGUGCUUUGGAUUGUGAUACAACUAAUACCCACUCUAGUCUUGGAGUUGGGAGUUUGCCAAGUCUAAAAAUUUCUUUGCGCCCUUGACCAAGUGAACCAUUGACAUUGACAUUCACCUAGGUUUAUAACGUGUUACAUAACAUUGUCAAUAAUCAAUAUGUAUCGUGCCAAACAACUAUUACAUAGACUGAACUAUGUACAUUAUUUUUGUUCAAGUCAGAUAAAAAGAGAUUGAACCUGUCAUUCAAUUACAAUCAAUUAGUUUGUUUGUGGCUGGUUUGUUUUCCUUUUAAUAAUAGGUGCUACCAUAUAUGUGGCAUCUUUUUCUAUCUUGCAAUGCCUGCAGACAAAGGAUUCAAUUUAUCACUGGCUGUAUCAGAGGAUAAUUACUAUCUUGUUUCCAGUGUCAUGCUUUGCCUCAGCAACAAAAGGGUGAGUGGAGCAUUUCAGACUCUCUACUGAAUUGUAAAAAAACUUAUAUGCGUUGUAAAAUCUUCACUUGAUUCAACCCCUGGGUUCAAGCUUAGGUUCAAGCCACGGAAAAGUAUUUCAAAAAAACUUAAUACCAGGCCUUUUAACUUAAGAAUAGUCAUUCUUUUAAUACAUUUUUCCAUGUGUUAUUGUCCAGUUUUUUCUCAACAUUCUGUUUAAUGAUUUGCAAACGAACAGCAGAUUAAUGGCUGAAUGCCAAUCGUGUUUAUUAUGUCACUGAUUGCUUGAUGUGUCACCGUGUGUAUACUGACCAUGGUGCUAAGAAUAUUACGUAACAGACUUGUGACGUACACAUUUGAACUGUCCAGGAACUCAAGCUAUGUUUUGUACAGUACAAGUCUAGUCCAAUUGGGUAACUGUUAACUAGAAAACCUGGCCAUUAAAAUGGAACCAGGUACCGGUACUUCAAAAGCACUAGAGUAUUUUGAGAAACAAGCAUUGACUCAGGAGUUAGAGAUUUCUUCCAAUGUCGUUGAUACAUCCAUAAGCCAUUCACCACCGUCGAAACCCUCAUCAUCUUCACAGCCAUGGUUACCACCAUGCCGAGUUUGUGGUGAGAGCGCAUCUGGUUUACACUAUGGUGUCAACACGUGCGAGGCGUGCAAGGGAUUCUUCAGACGGAGUCUUCAGAGGAAGGAAUCAUAUUCCUGUAAAGGAAAGGGAGACUGUAACGUUGGGGGAGGACAGCGUGGAACGUGUGCGGCAUGCCGCUACCAGAAGUGUCAAAGAGUGGGCAUGUCAAAAGAUGCAAUCAAAACAGGUCGAUAUACUCAUGAGAAAAAAACUAGAGACAUUGUUGAGGUGAAACGUUUACGCUUGGACAAGGACUCUUCAUUUAUAACCAUUUCACAGAAAGAAAAGGACUUUGAGGAUAUUAUUGAAAAAGUGGUGCAACUGGACAAAAUCAUAAAUCGACAUGACCCAAACUUUGAGGAAAAAGUUGUGAAAAUCCAGGAAGACUUUUUGGAAGAGCACAAACAAAAAGAACAACUGUUUGGUAGAAUGCGGCCGAUGUCGAAUGAGGAGUACAAGACGUUUUACGCAACAACAGGAGUUGAUGUUGAUGGACGCAAGGAGAUGAUGCAGCGCUUCUCGACAGAGCUUGUCUCGUGGAUCGAAAAAUAUAUACAAUUCGCUAAAGGAUUACCAGGGUUUAAAACGUUGUCUAUAGACGAACAGUCAGCUGUGGUCAAAGCAUCAAGAUUUGAAGUGUGGUUCCUGAGCGCAUAUUUCGGGAUACACCUCGAAGCCGACAUAUUCACAACAUUCCGGGGACGAACCCUUCAUCUUGAUGAAAUCUCAACAGUGUGGGACGUAGAUUAUUUAAAACUUUUAUUCAAAGUCGCCAAACGAUUAAAAAGAAUGAAACUGACUGCAAAGGAGCGAGCACUGCUGAAAGCAUCAGUUGUGUUGUUAUCAGAUCGUGUGGAGCUCGCCAAUCCUGCACCGAUGGAGGAAGGACUUCAACUGCUCAUUCAAGCAUUUGAGUUCGAAGUGAAAAAAAAUCACAAAGAUGAACCAAACAUGUUUGCCAAGGUUCUUGGUACGUUGCCGGUUUUGCGACAUCUCAGUCACUGGAAUAUGAAAAUCUUCAGUACGAUGCAGCUUGAUUUUCCAUAUGUUAACUUUCACCCGCUGCUGUAUGAGAUGAUUUCAAUGUGAGGUGUGUAAAUGUGGAUUAUCUGUGAUGAGACUAUUCCCCUGGAUCUCAUUCACUAUGUCAUACUGAAAACAAUGAUGAAACAUUGAAACUCUGAGAAGCCAAAGUUCUUGUAUAGUCUCUUGGUAUGUAGCGUUUUAUCCUGGUGAUCAAAUGUGACAUUUACAUGUAUGUUUGGUCAUCCCACACAGACGAGUGUUAAUGAAGGAGUGUUACACCUCCCGGUUACAAUAUUAUGGGUGACAUUGAAAGUGAGGAGUCGCAAAGUUGUUGUGAAGGAGCAGGUCAACAAAUCGUGAUUUUGAUGGAAUUUCUGUUUAAAAUUGACUGUAGUGGACAUACAAAUGUAGUAUAUAUUAUACCCAGGACAUGCUGCAUUAAACUUUGUGAUAUUUUGUUGUAAAUUUUAGAACCAACUAUUUUAAUCAUCAUUGUGAUAUUGUUAUCUGUGUACAAAUUAUAAUUCAAACUGCUGACUAUUCUCCUAUGUGUCGGAUUUGUCUUGAGAGAAAUACAUAAAAGUUUAGUUCUAAACCUAAAAAUGUGUUCACAAAGUAUUAUGAGUAAUACAUGGAGUAGAGUAAUAUGAAUUAGAUAUGCCCUGAUCAUAUUCCAUGUGGCUGAUGUGGUUUUGUUUGAUCACAAUUGGAACUCUUAUGUAUUUGUCUGGUGGAAGGGAUAUUGUGGUGUUAAUCCCCUAUAGGGGCAGUUACAUUGAGUGAUUGGGUAUGCAGACACACAGGCAAACAAAUAUAUGUCAUGGUCAUGAAUCCAUUGUGAAGCCAUUGUUAACUGACAUGUCAGUAUACCAUAUAGCUCUGUGUAACUGCUUUACAUGUACAUGUAUAAUACUGGCCAGUUUGGUGUACUCCUAUACAAUAUGUACUGUGAACAUGUCGCCGACUCCUCAACCAGUGUCUUGCUGGCUGUUUGAAGAUCAUUCCUCCAUUUGUAAACAACAGAUUGCUCUCAUGAACCUCAGGUUUGAUCAGGGACUUUUGCAUCACCUUGCCAAUCACUGCUGAAGAAAUUUAUUUUGUACCGUUUGAUAAAUUGUUGCAAGUUGAUAUGGGGAUUUUCAGUUUUCUUAGUAUUUUCCAGAAUGGAGUGGGUUUUCACUCCUAGAAUAUGUAUACCGGUGUUUACAAAUAAAGAUAAUUAUUCUGACAAA